UUUUUUUCCUUGUCUGUGUUGGUCUUAUUUUCCUGCGUGGAAAUUGAAAGUGCACCUCUGGGGGAAAAAAUACAUGAGGAAUGUUUCUGAGAGGCCCUAAAGCUAAGAUAAGCUAACUUACCACGUGCACGAGUAGCGCUGACACCCGAGCGGUCUGGUGUAAAUCACUGCAAUGGCAGAGGAGUAAGGGAGGGUGGAGGACACCGGCUACAGCCCUGCCUCCUCUCUGCAUGUGAACACGGCAGAGUAGACACACGGUACACGGCAGCAUCAUCACAGGGGCAACAAAGGGACGCUGGUUCAUCUCAGGCAUCAAAUGAAUAAAUGAUUCAUUGAGAGAACUUUGGCUUUCGGCUGCACGUUUUGUAUCAUCUGUCCUCACCUCAAAGGGUGUAGUAGCACUGCACAGUCAUGGAACUGGAGCACUUUGAUGAGCGGGACAAGGCUCAAAGAAAUACCAGAAGGGGCUCAAGGGGGAAUGGGCUCCCCAGUCCCACUCACAGUGCCCACUGCUGCCUUUACAGAACCAGGACACUACAAGCACUUAUCUCAGAAAAGAAGGCCAAGAAGAUCCGAUUCUACCGCAAUGGGGACCGCUACUUCAGAGGGAUUGUGUAUGCCAUUUCUCAGGAGAAAUUUAGGUCCAUAGAAGCACUCCUGGCUGACCUCACUCGAUCUCUAUCAGAUAAUGUCAACUUGCCACAAGGGGUGCGGACCAUAUAUACCAUUGAUGGUUCAACCAAAAUCACUAGCAUGGAUCAGCUGGUGGAAGGUGAAAGCUAUGUCUGUGCAUCCAUAGAACCCUUCAAGAAGCUGGACUACACAAAGAAUGUUAAUCCCAACUGGUCAGUGGGUCCUAAGACUGCAAUGGCAGUCCGUGAUCCUGCCUCCCUUGGUAGCGCCAAGGCUGUAUGCCCUGAAACCAAGGAGACUAAGGACUUUAUCAAGCCCAAACUGGUGACCAUUGUCCGCAGUGGAGUAAAGCCUCGCAAGGCUGUACGCAUCUUGCUCAACAAGAAGACUGCACACUCCUUUGAACAAGUCAUGACUGACAUUACAGACGCCAUUAAGCUGGACUCUGGAGUCGUCAAAAGGCUAUAUACUGUGGACGGCAAGAUAGUCACUUGCCUUCAGGAUCUUUUUGGGGACGAUGACAUAUUCAUCGCCUGUGGCCCUGAGAAGUUUCGCUAUCAGGAUGACUUCAACUUGGAUGAAGAUGAAUGCAGAGUGUCGAAGUCUGCAUCAUAUGGCCGACUCCCCUCCAUCCAUGGUCGCUCUUCCCCAAAAAGUGGCGGGAUGUCACGCAGAAGCAAGUCUCCAUCAUCCUCUGGUUCAGCUAAUGGCACAGCAGGCAGUCAGCUGUCCACACCUAGAUCUGGAAAGUCUCCAAGUCCCUCUCCAACCAGUCCUGCCAGCCUCCGACGAAGACAGGGAUCUCUGCACAGUGGCUCUUCUCUUUCUUUGGCUUCGACCAAGGUUUGCAGCUCAAUGGAUGAAGGUGAUGGGCCUGGGAGUGAAGCUGAGGCAAUGGAUGAGCAUCCCUCAGUCCCUGCUACCAUAGCAGAGAGGUACAAGGUGGGGAGGACUUUAGGGGAUGGAAACUUUGCAGUGGUACGAGAAUGUGUUGAGAGAUCAACCGGGAGAGAGUACGCUUUGAAGAUCAUCAGCAAAGAUAAAUGCAGGGGAAAGGAACACAUGAUCCAGAGUGAAGUGUCAAUCCUUCGGCGGGUGAAACAUCCCAACAUCGUACUUUUAAUUGAAGAAAUGGACACCAACAGUGACCUGUUUCUUGUAAUGGAGUUGGUUAAGGGAGGCGAUCUCUUUGAUGCAAUCACCUCGUCCAACAAAUACACAGAGAAAGACGCCAGCUGUAUGCUGUUCAAUCUGGCCAGUGCCAUCAAGUACCUGCACAGUCUCAAUAUUGUCCACAGAGACAUUAAACCUGAAAACUUGUUGGUGUACGAGCACAGCGAUGGCAGUAAAUCUCUGAAGCUGGGUGACUUUGGCUUGGCCACUGUUGUGAACGGGCCCCUCUAUACGGUGUGUGGCACACCCACCUAUGUAGCACCUGAGAUAAUUGCUGAGACAGGGUAUGGCCUAAAGGUUGAUAUUUGGGCAGCUGGGGUCAUCACUUACAUACUGCUGUGUGGCUUUCCUCCUUUCCGUGGUGGUGAAGAUCAGGAGGUUCUCUUUGAACAGAUUUUAAAAGGAGCACUUGAAUUCCCUGCCCCACACUGGGACAACGUAUCUGAUUCUGCCAAGGCUCUGAUCACUGGGAUGCUGCAGGUAGAGGGGAACCAGAGAUUCACAGCUGUGCAAGUUCUGGAUCACCCCUGGGUCAACGAUGAUGGUGUGUCAGUGAAUGCGCAACAGCUACCAGUGGCUGGAAAGAUCAAGAAGCAUUUCAACACAAGGCCCAAGCUGAACAGCAGCACAGCAGGAGUGACAGUCAUCACAACCACGGCACUUGAUAAAGAGAAGCAAGUUUUCAGACGAAGACGCCACCAGGAUGUGAAGCUUACUCCUCCUUUCCCUCACGGUAGCCGUGCCGGUGGCUCCAACAGUGCCAGCCCAGCUGCUGAUUUCAACUCUGAGUCUGAGGACAUUUCUCCAUGUUCGGCUGACACCGUCCGUUCUCCAACCUCCCCGUUUUAACAGCCUUCAUGAGGUCGUAAGACUGACCCACUACUCUAUCCUAGAUUGUGGUGCAAAUGAAAAGACCCAAAAUUGGGUUUAGUCUUCUGAUUUGGACAUUCACAGACUGUAUUCUUUAACUUAUUCUUUUAUAUUUUUAAUCAUAGUUCUUUUAUUUUAACUACAAAAUGCUUUGACCAGAGAAAGAGACGAGUUUGUCUUUUUAAGAAUACACAUUUGGAGCCUGCAACCAUUCUCUUAUUUCAGAAGCCACAAACUGGUUUAGCCUUAUUUCUCCACAGCAAGCAUUGAUUCAUUGUAGUACCUGGGCGCCCUCUUGUGGUGUUGAUUUUACACUGCAGAAAAAGUCAACCUGCCAAAUGACGCACUGAAAUACUUAAUGGGAAGUGUACCUUCAAAACAAUAGUGUUUCAUGGUUUUUAUGAUAUUAUGUUUUCAUUUUUAGGAUUUUAAAACAAAAACUCAUAAAUGUAAUUUACUCUACACAGCAGUGACUGAAGGUUAAGACAUCUAGCUCACUCUAGCUGUUGUACUUAAAGGGAUCUCUGCAUAUCAAGAUAAUUUGAUCUUAUUGGAAUAACAUUAAUGUCUUUAAUAUGUAUGUUUUAUAAACACACUAGAUUUAUACAUUUGAAGAAUAGAUUUACAUGUUGACUGCCAUUGUUCAGUGCACUCUGGGUAAUGAUGUCAAAUGCUUGUAUUGUUCUUGCCACAGCUUCCUCGUUCUGCUGACCUCAGUCUACAUUAGAGGGACUUCAUCCUUGUUCUCUCUCUCAAUAAAACUGCACUUGGGUUAAUAUUUAAAGGUUUUUCAGAUGAUACGCAAUAGGAAAAGGAAAAAUGCAACUAUUUGUCCCACUACCCAUGCAUAGUGCUAUAAUGGCAGCCUGCAUGUGAAUGUAUUUUUAAAAUUUUGUCAAAAUGUCAAAAUCUAAUGUGUUUCUUUGUGCUGCAUACACAUCCUCCUGAGACCUGAGCUUUUGUUUAUGAUGCCUAUUUUGUUCCAUGCACUUAUUUAUAUAUUUAUUAAGGACCUUGUAAGUUUUAAAGGUCAGGCUCAUCUUUGAAAAGGGUAUUCCUUUUUUUUCCUUUUUUUUAAUCAAAACUGAUGUCAACAAAUAUCCUGAGUGUUCUGUUUCUGCAGAAUGGGAUAGAUUUCAGAGCAGAUAUUUUGGCUGUGUGUUGGCCAGUUGGUCAGUUGUUUGGGGUCUUCAGUCAGUAAGAAAUAGUGCCAGUCAUUGAGAGAGGAAUGGUGCAGUCAUUUUUCUUAUUAUUUUGAUGAUGGACUACACAGUCUUGUAAAAGCUAAGCAUGAACAAAAUUUACACAAAAAGUUCUGAAUUUCUUUAUAAUUUCAUUUUUAAGUCCACACAACUCCCUAAAAUUCUAUGAAAGUACCUACAACAUAAGCACUCCAAAACAUAUUAAAACCUAAACAUUCUAGCAACAUUUCCCCCCAAAUUCUUUGUAAAUACCUGAAAAAUUCCAGGCAAAUUCCCAAAAAUUUCAAAGCACACCCCACAUAAAAUUUCAUCAAAUUCCCAAAAAUCCAUAAAAUUACGUUUAAAGUCCAGCCAGAGGCUUCCCCAUUCUCUCAUCCAAAAAACCUAAAAAUGCCAAAUUAUCCCCAAAAUUCAAAUCAAAUUCCCAAAAAUUAAACAUACCUGUCUCAAUUCCCAUGAAAUGCUUAAAAACAAUUCUCCAAACAUUUUAAGCAAAUUACUUAAACUUUAACGGCUAUUAUUGACAAUUAUCUUAAAAUGAAAUUAAAUACAUACUUUAUUGAUCGUGAAGGAAAUGUAAUACCUAAUAGGAGAAAUUAAUUCUUUGUUAUAGGAAAGGCAAAAUUGAAUAUAUGUAUAUACAUAUAUGUUGAGUUAUAUAUGUAUAAGCAAGGUCUUAGGAGGAUUAACAUAAAUGUUAAUGUGACAGACUCCAUGUAUCUUAGUAUGCAGGGUUCCUUUUAAGGUUCUGGUGCAGAAACCUUAGACACUGUUAUAGAGAACUAAAGGAACUAAAAAGACAUGCUGCUAUAUUUCAAUAUAAGCAUUAUCUGGAGAGAAUUUCUUGUCCUAGCGUGCUGUAGCUCAAUUCUUUGGAGAUCUAGGGGCACAAGUGUUUGAUUGUUACUGAUCCUGCUCAUCUGAGAAGCAGAAGGUGCAGAAGUUUUGUUCCAUGUCUGUGAGAGUGGUUGUAAAUCAGUAGUGGUUCAAAUGAAUGUCAGUGUUGUGAAGUGGAUAGUAAGUGCAUGUUUUAAGCCUUUCCUUUGAAUGGAUUUAAGUGCAAUUAGGUGUACUGCCCAAUGAGCACAGUAUUUUUAAAUUUCUCCUUUGAAAUGCUGGAAUCUUUGAGAAUGUAUUGUUGCAGGUUAUUGACAGUGGAGUAACACAAUUCUCUCUCAAACUGAGGCAUUCAGUUCUUGAGUGAUCUGGAUUUUCCUUUUACUCAUCAAGUAUAAGACACAGGUUAAAUGUUUGACACAAAUGGUUCUCAACUGGUCCCGCCUCAGGACCCACCACCUCCUUGUAAGGAAUCAUGACCAUCACUCCUGAAAAUCUCCAGUCAAAUUCAUCUAAGGAAAAAGUUUGAACAAACCAGGGCUGAAAAACAGAGAAUAACCCAAACAUUUUUUUAAAAAUGCAUCAUUACAGACACCCUUAGAGUACAUGCAUGUACAUAUUUUAUUUAACUAAACUUUUCCAUGAUAAGGAAAGGAAGAAAAUUACCUUGUUAACAUGGGAAAACAAGCUCUCUUAGCUCUUUAAAUGGAGAAAUUUUUUUGUAGAAAUCCCAAGGAAAAAAACCUAAAAUUACUUGUUACCAGGGGAAAACAAGAGUUCAAAAAUAUGCAUGUAUGUCUGGAUGUAUAUAAAUCGUAGGCUUCCUGCCACUUCCUUUUUUUCUAUACCUUAUUUCAUGACCCACUUUUGGGUCCUGACACACCAGUUGAGAACCAGUGUUUUACAAAACAGUGCUUCCAGUAAAAUCCUUUAUUUAAGUACUUGUUCAGCCAGUAAAUCAUUUUGUUCUUAAGUAAUAAUCUGAUCAAACAACCUGACUGUAUGUACUGUAAGCCCUCUGACUGCUUCAUACAUCACUUCAUCAGACACAGUAUUCAUGGAUGUGAAUGUCCUUCCUUUCAUCAAAGACUGUAACCUGCAUGUGUACUAAUAUGCAUCCUAAAUCAGUUGUCCUGGUCUCCUGCUGUUAGAUAUACAUCUGUUAGAUAUAAACCCACUCCUGUAAUCCCUGCCAGCACUGUCUUUGCUAAUGCAGUACAGUCAGUCGACUGUAGUCAUACCACAGCUAAGUUAAGGCUUGUAAAUACAUAUUUGAACAGAAAUGUAACUCAUUAACAACAUUGUUUUAAAGGGCUUUUGAGUUUUUGAUAAGAACGGCGUGAGCAAAAAGCACAAGGAAAGCAAGUUGUCAUGACAACCUUUUGGGAAUGUUUGUCAUUAGAAAAACAUGUUAAAGCUUUAUAAUGUUGGACUGGGAAUUUCAUGGUCAUGUGGAAGCAGAUGGAGAAUGUGAAUGCUGUAUUAUAUUCAUCCAUAUUCCAUUUAAUGAAAGAUAAUAUAAAACGAUUUUA